UGCCGCCGCUAAUCAGUCACUCUCGUAUGCUCGGAUUGGCUGGACGCUUCCCUCGUGGACCGUUUGUGUAUUUCGUGUACUGUUUUCGCUCGGGGAGCUGUUUUUUUCUUUUAUUUUAUAUCAGUUCAUCAUUUUAUCUCGUGUAAGACUGAAGUUGGUAGUGAACAAAUAAAAAAAAAAACACAAUACUGGACCGCGCGAGCAGAACCUUUGCUGGAAGUAUUGAACAAUCAUCAUUCCGGACGGGUUUGUUGAGUCACUGGCGGCCAAUGUGGUAUUGUGUUUCCCCCCUGACCAAACACAGGCUCACCGAAUUCGACUGAUUGCUAGGUCGCGGCGGAUCGGUCCGCAGACGGCGAAACGAAGAGGUUAGGAAACAGUGCCUUAUUUUUGUGCAAGAUUCGAAAAGUGUCGCUUAGGUGUGAUCGUUUACGGUAGCGGAAAAUCGGUGAAAAAGUUACCCCCCUGGUGGAAAAGUGUUGUGUGGCAAGCAAGCGGUGUGCAAAGCGAAAACCUCAGUCUCGACUUUAUCGAAAUCGAAACGUAAAUCAAUUGGUUCUUUGCAGAGUUUGUUCGAUAGCUUGAUAUUUAGGCGUGAUCUCUGGUGUGACAAAAGCCGAACCACACCGCGUCCCUCUCCUGCUGUCAGGUACUUGCGAAUUUCGUGGUUUCCAGUCGUCACGUGGUGAACCGCUGCAAGAUAGUAACACCCGAAAGUAUUACCCAUUUAUUUUUACCGAAACCAAUCAUACCACUGCCAUAGUAUUGUAUUGCCCAUUUUCUUAAGUGGUUUCAUGCUAGCUAGUGUUUGUACUCAACUCGCAUAAGUGCAACAAAAAGCGUAGGAGGAUUUUUUGACUCUAUAUUUUUUUUUUGCGCCAACCGGAGCCGAACAGUGCUCGUGAGUUUAAUUGGGACAGUUCACCGAAAUAGCAGGACUGUUUUUUUUGGAAAUUGCACACCGUGCCGCAAGUGGCUGUAGACGACAAAUUCUUCGGAUACCAACCAAUGUAACACCUAGUGCUCACCCGCGUAAACGACUAGCAUCUCUACUUCACCAGUAGUUCACCUACUACCCCAAAAAUACUGCGUAAUCAUCAUGCCUCAAACUAGGAUAGCCUGGUUGUGGCCAUCGCUGGCCCUGUUAGCCCUCUCGUGGACCACCGUAGUGUCGACACCUGUCCAAACAACGUCACAAGCGGAGCUGUACUUGUCACAGUUUGGAUAUCUCAGUGCAAAGUACCGAAAUCCUACCAGCGGGAACCUGCUAGACAAGGACACCUGGGAGAAAGCAAUCAUGGAGUUCCAGAGUUUUGCCGGUCUGAAUGCGACCGGUGAACUGGACAGCGAAACGAUGGAGCUCAUGUCACUGCCACGUUGCGGAGUGCGGGACAAGGUAGGCUUCGGAUCGGAUUCCCGAUCGAAACGUUAUGCCCUGCAGGGCAGCCGAUGGAAGGUGAAAGCACUUACCUACCGGAUAUCCAAAUACCCCUCGAAACUGGAUCGUAACGAGGUGGACAAGGAAAUCGCCAAAGCAUUCUCGGUCUGGAGCGAGUAUACCGAUCUAACGUUUACACCGAAAAAGAGUGCUCCAGUGCAUAUAGAUAUAAGGUUUGAAGUGAACGAACAUGGCGAUGGUGAUCCGUUUGACGGACCGGGCGGUACCUUGGCCCACGCGUACUUCCCGGUGUACGGAGGAGACGCUCACUUUGACGAUGCGGAAUUCUGGACCAUUGCGAAAAGUCGGGGGACAAACUUAUUUCAGGUAGCCGCACACGAGUUCGGUCACUCACUGGGACUGAGUCAUUCCGAUGUACGGUCGGCACUGAUGGCACCGUUCUACCGUGGAUAUGAUCCGGUCUUUCGGUUAGAUUCCGAUGAUAUUCAGGGAAUUCAAGCUCUCUACGGACGAAAAACCAACAGUGGCGGUGGAUAUAAUCCACGACCGACACAACGACCGGUGCAGAAAGAUCCUGACUCAGAGCUGUGCUCCUCGCCCAAAAUCGAUGCCAUUUUCAAUGGAGCGGACGGCAGUACAUACGCCUUCAAAGGAGACUCGUACUACAAACUCACCGAGAAUGCAGUUGCUGAAGGUUACCCCAGGAAAAUUUCCGACGGUUGGCCAGGACUACCAGGAAACAUUGACGCUGCGUUCACGUACAAAAACGGCAAAACCUACUUCUUCCAAGGGACCAAAUACUGGCGAUACUCGGGCCGAGGAGUUGACGGAGAUUAUCCGAAGGAGAUUAGCGAAGGUUUCACUGGCAUUCCGGAUCAUCUGGACGCUGCUAUGGUGUGGGGUGGUAACGGAAAGAUCUACUUCUACAAGGGCAGUAAAUUCUGGCGGUUCGAUCCGCUGAAGAGGCCCCCGGUCAAAUCGACGUAUCCGAAACCGAUCUCCAACUGGGAGGGACUGCCGAACAACAUCGAUGCGGCUCUGCAGUACACCAACGGAUAUACGUACUUCUUCAAGGACGAUAAGUACUAUCGGUUUAACGAUAGAACAUUCUCCGUUGACCAAUCUGAUCCGCCGUUCCCACGACCGGUGGCACAUUGGUGGUACGGCUGCAAGAAUGCCCCCUCGACGUUCGACACCCUAGGUAAUGUUAAAGCUAUCAAUAAGGAAGAUGACGAGCACAACAAUAUCGCCGAUGAUUUGAUUUUGGAUGCGGACGGUACAGAUGAGCGACCCCCCGGCGACGACUACAACAGCGGCAAGGGAUCGAGUUCUGUCCGGAUCAACGCCGGUAUUAUCCUUAUCCUAGCUCUGCUGGGAUUCGCACUGAAAGUCUAGGAUACCUAGAACUGGAAGAUAAAACAAAUUCGCCAAAUUUAGUUACCCUUAGUAGCCCUUUUUUCCAACAGCAACAUUUUGAAGCGUGUCUGAGAGAAGGGGACGAGUUUUGCGUCAGAAAAUUGAUCUCACAAUUUGUUCAGAGCGCAGACACCAAAUCUAUGUAUCUACAAACUUCGAGCCAGUGACUUUUAGUGAAACCCCAUUUGUGACUACUACGCGAGUCCCUUCCACGGUCAGUUCGGAACGAAAAGGGGAGCCAGAUAUAGUAGUAGUAUGAACAUAAACAAACAAAACAAAAAAACGAGACACGCUAAGGCAACAAACGUGAUACAGAGUCUAGAUAUUGUUUUACGUUGAAAGCCGCACAAAUCAAAUUCGACUUCCUGUCGUGCUGUUUCCGUUUCACUGUUUCACGUUAUUUGUCAAGUUAGAAUUAUUCGAAUUCGGUUCUUAGUGACAAAACACCAACAACAGUCAAAGUCAUUACCGUAAGGCCUUAUGUUUUAUAGGAUUAGAUGAAUGAAGUAAGACAAACAAAACAAACUGUAAACGGUGCCUUUAAUGAAAUUGUACAUAUAAUCAACUAAUGUAAUUGCAGAUCAGAGGAAAACGUUAAAACAUUGGAGAAAGCGAUGCAAUGAGCGAACAGGAAAAUCAUUAGAUUGUUGAUUAUUAAUAAUGUUUUAUUUUUCUCAAAAAAAAAAUAAUCACCAAUAAUUUUACAUGUUGCGAGAAAACAAAACUCAAAUUAAAUUAACAGCGAACUGCGAAGACGUCCAUAUCUUACCGCAUUGCCUCCAAUUUUUAACUAAAAAGUGCAUUCAUAUAUCGUUUCAGAAUAGAUGAAUUUAUCACUAUGUACUAGAAUUUUGUAAAUAUUUAUUGCGAAUAAUGCUAGGAUUAGGUGGAAACAAACAAGAAGAAAAAUAAACAUAGUAUUGUUUGAAAA